UUUAGCCUCCUUGACAACAAUUACAGUAGAAGCUUAAUUAGCUAGCUAGGCUCCACUAUAUAUUAUUUCUAAUUCAAUGGAACUUUUUGAUGUUCACCACCCUCUGGUUUUUGUUUUUGGCCUUCUUGGUAACAUCAUUUCCACCGGGGUCUACUUUGCUCCAUUGCCAACAUUUAUUGAAAUAUGCAAGCGGAAAUCAACAAUGGGGUUCCAGUCACUGCCAUAUGUGGUGUCUCUCCUUAGCGCAUUGCUGUGGUUGUUCUACGCCUUCAUCAAAGGUGGUGACACCUUCCUUCUCAUCUCCAUCAACACCCUGGGUAUCGUCAUAGAGUCCCUUUACAUCAUCAUCUUCCUUAUGUACGCUACGCCUCAUGCCAAGAAGCAGACAAUUAAGGGUUUGAGUGGUGUAAUGAUGCUAUGCCUCGUCGUUUCUCUUGGGACAUUCUUCUCCUUACAAGGACCCACACGGGUACUGGUAGUCGGAUGGAUUUGCGUGGGUAUAUCCGUGUGUGUUUUUGCCGCUCCUCUUACUAUUGUGUUUGAAGUUGUGAGAACAAAAAGUGUGGAGUUCAUGCCAUUGUCCUUAUCGUUUUUCCUUACACUAAGCGCGACUGCAUGGUUUGCUUACGGGAUGGCUCUCAAAGAUAUAUGUGUUACGGUGCCAAACAUACUAGGAUUCCUGUUGGGAAUAUUUCAAAUGGGACUGUAUGCAUAUUACAGAAACCCGGAGAAAAAGCAGGCCAACUGCAAGGAACAUGUGAUGAUAAACAUAUCCAAAUUAUCACACACAGAAGUGCACCCUAUGGACUCAGACCGGAGUAGCCAAGCUGCGGAAGAUGUAACGAAAAGCACUGAUGACGGAGUAGGAGUAGGAGGAGGAGGAGGAGAUCAAACACAUCGUUGCGAUGUGGAUUAAGAAUUGUUUGUUAAUUUGGUUGUUGAUUUUGACAUAACUUUAGAAGCCAGACACCUCUCUUUCCCUCUCAAUAACAGAAAUCCUCCCCAAAACUGCUUCCAUCAUAUUUUUGUUUUCUUAUUAAUUAGUUGUAAUACUUAUAAUAAGCUUCUAAUUCUUUAAUAAUAUUGAUUUUAUUUUCAUCACC